GUGUUUCUAGAUAUAUAUUUUGUGGUUCUACUAGAUAUCAAGAAUUGUCUAAUAUUCUUAAUGAUAUUAAUUGGAGAGUUAAAUACCAUUUACAAGGUCAAAAAACCUAUGUUCAAUUAAUACCACAUGAUAUAUCUCAAGAUCAAUAUCUAUUAAUUAGAUAUGCAAAAGAAGCAGCAGCAAUUGCCACAAUUAAAAAUUCUAAAAAACAAGUUCGAAGAUUAAGUUAUCCUCAUGGAGAG